UCCAUGACAACACACCUCCCCCGAGCCGCCAUCUUGUUCAGAGUCACAUCCGGAGCGUCCCAGUCGCCAUUUCAUUCUCGGGAAAGAGCGGUGGAGUCGGUAAUAUGAGUGGCUGCAGAGUAUUUAUAGGGAGGCUGAGUCCUCACGCCCGUGAAAGAGAUGUGGAGAAGUUUUUCAAAGGAUAUGGCCGUAUCCGGGAGAUAAACCUAAAGAGUGGAUUUGGAUUUGUGGAGUUUGAAGAUCACAGAGAUGCCGAUGAUGCUGUAUAUGAACUGAAUGGAAAAGAACUGUGCAAUGAAAGAGUCACAAUUGAACAUGCCAGAAAUCGUAGAGGAAGAGGAGGCAUGAUGGGAGGAGGAGGUGGUGGAGGGCGGUACCCCAUGCGUUUUGGCUAUCGUCAGUCUAACAGUGGUGGACCCAGGUAUGGACCCCCAGUUCGCACAGAGCACAGGAUCAUUGUUGAGAAUCUUUCUUCCCGUGUCAGCUGGCAGGAUCUGAAGGAUUUUAUGAGAAAAGCGGGAGAGGUGACUUAUGUUGAUGCACACAGGGGUAACCGGAAUGAAGGGGUUGUGGAAUUUGCAUCCUAUAAUGAUAUGAAGAACGCUAUGGAAAAAUUGGAUGGCAUGGAGCUCAGUGGUCGUAAAAUAAAGCUAAUUGAAGAUCGCAAGAAGCACAGAAGCAGGUCCAGGUCAAGAAGCUACUCCAGAUCCCGCAGCAAGUCGAAAUCUCGUGGCUCUUCUCGUUCUGCCAGCAGAUCCCGAUCUCCCAGUCGUACACCCGAAAAGAAAUACAACCAGAAAUCUGGAAGCGGAGAACCAUCCCAGAGCUCUCCUAAACGGCAGUCUCGUUCCAGUUCUCCCGAAAGUCGCGAUUAAGAGAUCUUUGUGUAUAAAUGGUGAAUGAAGAUUUAUGUGCCCUAGGAGUCAGUGGUGGAGUGAGAGGUGGCGUUCACUAUUUUAUGUAACCAAAGCGCCUGUUUAAUAAGGCUCGAAAUGGUGGCCUGAUGCUUUGUUUUUGUAAAUAUGUGAUCAGACCCUUCUGCCUAGAGCAUAUGAAGGCAAUUACUGAAUCCAGCAAGUAGAACCCAUUUGAGAUGACUUUCAUGCUUUUCACUGUGUAGAUUAGAGGAAGCUGUUUGGAUACUUGUUCACUGAUUUCUUUUCUUUGUUUUAUAAUGUAAGUUAGUGUAGUAUUAGCAUUUAAUAUCUUCCUAUAAAUUGAAUACUGCCCCAUAAUUCUCUUCUGUGUUGAAACAUGACAAGAAUUUCUGUUUCAGUGAACAUAUUACAGAGAUUAAAAAAAA